UUAUGUUUCGCUUAUAUGAUACAGAUGGAAAUGGAUACCUGGAUAGUUCGGAGCUGGAAAAUAUCAUUGCUCAAAUGAUGCACGUUGCAGAAUACCUUGAAUGGGAUGUUACUGAACUGAGUCCAAUUCUUCAUGAAAUGAUGGAAGAAAUUGACUAUGAUCAUGAUGGCACUGUUUCUCUAGAAGAGUGGAUCCAAGGAGGAAUGACAACAAUCCCGCUCUUGGUCCUCCUUGGCUUAGAGAAUAAUGUGAAAGAUGAUGGGCAGCAUGUAUGGAGACUGAAACACUUUAACAAGCCUGCCUACUGUAAUCUUUGUUUGAACAUGCUGAUCGGAGUCGGCAAGCAAGGUCUCUGCUGUUCUUUUUGCAAGUAUACAGUCCAUGAACGUUGUGUCUCAAGAGCUCCCGCAUCUUGCAUCAAAACAUAUGUGAAGUCCAAAAAGAAUACUGAUGUAAUGCACCAUUUCUGGGUGGAAGGAAAUUGUCCAACAAAAUGUGAUAAGUGUCACAAAACUAUAAAAUGUUACCAAGGCUUGACAGGACUUCACUGUGUUUGGUGUCAGAUCACAUUGCAUAACAAAUGUGCUUCACAUCUAAAACCUGAAUGUGACUGUGGACCUUUGAAGGACCAUAUUUUACCACCCACAUCAAUCUGCCCAGUAGUAUUGACGCUACCCACUUUAGGAGGUUUGCUCCCUGAGGAAAGACAGGCAACAGUGAAAAAAGAAAAGAGUUGCCCUCAGCAAAUGAACAAACUGGGAGAACGGAACAAAAUGCAAAGAGCAAAUUCUGUCACCGUAGAUGGACAAGGUCUUCAGAUCACUCCAGUUCCAGGCACUCAUCCACUUUUAGUUUUUGUCAAUCCUAAAAGUGGUGGGAAACAAGGAGAAAGAAUUUAUAGAAAAUUUCAGUACCUUCUAAAUCCUCGUCAAGUUUAUAGCCUUUCUGGAAAUGGACCAAUGCCAGGGUUAAACUUUUUCCGAGAUGUUCCUGAUUUCAGAGUACUAGCAUGUGGUGGAGAUGGGACAGUAGGCUGGAUUUUGGAUUGCAUAGAGAAAGCGAACUUGAUUAAGCAUCCUCCAGUUGCAAUCCUGCCUCUUGGAACUGGCAAUGAUUUAGCAAGGUGUCUGAGAUGGGGAGGAGGUUAUGAAGGGGAGAAUUUGAUGAAGAUCUUAAAAGACAUUGAGAACAGCUCAGAGAUUUUGCUGGACAGGUGGAAAUUCGAAGUGAUACCCAAUGAUAAAGAUGAGAAAGGAGACCCAGUGCCUUACAACAUCAUCAAUAACUACUUUUCUAUUGGUGUG